AUGUCCCCCUCCACCGCUGGCCCAUCUCUGCUCCGCGGCUCGGCGGUCCUGAUCAUUUGGGGCGGCGUGCCGGGCUACGAGGACGCGAAAAGGGAACGCGACCUGAACGACUGGUGGACGUACGAGCAUCUGCCGGAGCGUCUGGCGUUGCCGGGCUUCCAGCGCACGCGGCGGUAUUACCGGCCCAGCCCGAGCAACUCGAACUACAUGGUGCUGUACGAGGUGUCGUCGCUGGCGGCGCUCACGUCGCCGGAGUACAUGCACGCGCUGAACAACCCGACGCCCGGCACGCGACAGUACAUGCGUGUGAUGUCGAGUCUGAGCCGGUCGGCGUGCCGCGUGCUGGCGUCGGUGUCGCGGCCCGAGUUUGCGUCGUGCAGGGUCGGCGGCGCCGGCGGGAUGCUGGCACAUAUGGUCUUCGACGCCCCUGUGGCCGCCGACCGGCGCGCUGUGUUGACGGACUGGCUAUCCCGCGAUGCCUGGCCGACGCUCUGCGCGAAACACUCCAGCCUGCUGGCCAUGCACGUGCUCGAGCACGACGAGGCGGCUACUAGCUCCGGCAGCUCGACCAAGUCGUACGACGAAGUCAACUUCAAGAAGAAGAAGAACGAGGGCCCCGAGAGCUCCAGCCCCGAGGCGCCGCCCCAGUGGAUGGUGUUGCUCGAGUUCACGGACCCCUUCGGAGCCCCCUUCGCAUCCUAUGACCACAACAGCGACGAUUUGAGGCAGGGUCUGGCGGACCAUGGUGUCGAUGUAUCCAAGUUGACGCAAGAAUUAUUUGGAUUGUUCGUCGUGAUGGAGGAGUAG